GUAUAUUUAUGUAUUAAUAUUAUAUUAUUACCGUAUAUAUUAUUAUAGAAUAUAGAGUCAGAGAAAGAAAAGAAAGAAGAAAUGCAGCAGAACGGCAGAACAAAAACAAAAGGAAAAAGAGAGAAUUGAGAAGAGAAAUGGCAAAGCGCGACCUCCUCCACUCUCCAGCCGACGGCAGAGCUCUCUCCACCAAUCUUCUCCAUUGGAGAUCAAUCAGCAUUCAUUACUUUCAAGAACAGUUGAGAAUCUUGGAAUAUCUGCAAAUGGGAAGGAUAAUCUUCAAGGAAUUCAAUCAGCGAAUCCCUGAAUACCUGAUGUGCAAGGAAUGUGAAGCCCCUCUUGCCUUACCACAAGACUUCCACUGCGAGUGCCCAGAAGAGGGAGCUGAAGGCCUUGUCUUUACUGACCGUAUGAUCAUCAACGUGGAAGCCGACGAGGAUAAUGAUCGCCUUCGGAGCGUUGGUCGUCUCCCUCACAUAGUUGCGAGAGUCUCCUGCAUAAGAUGUCGUGAAGUGUUGGGCUAUAAAUACAUCCAAGUUGACGAUAGGCAGCAGCUUGUCCAAAAUGGAAUGGUGAACUUUAAGAAGGAAAUGGUUCAGAGGAGACAUGGCGAUGAGAUUAUAGACGGAGAGGAACCAGAAGCUGUACAAGUUCACAUACGAUGAUUCAGGCUGUAGAAGAAUUCUUGGGAGGAUUGACUGAAGAACUUAGAUUGAGUGUUGAGAACACUUUUUACUAUUCCCACGUUCAAAUUCUGAAUUCUUUGAUUUCUCUAUACAACAUUAACGCCGUCUCUUUGAUUUCCCAAUAAAGCUGUUGAUGAGCUUCUUCUUUGGUUUUAUCGAGUAUAUAUAUAAAUGAUAAACUGAUCAAUUCAGUUUUGUGGAUACUUUUUGUAGAGUUUUCAAACAUAACAAUACAAGUGCUGAAGACAUAUGGAUCAGUACUGACGUCGUUGCACUGUUCGAAUACUUCAUCAACUGCUCUUUUCACUAAUUAGCAGCUGCUGAAAUGUAAGUUCUCUAAGCAAACUACUGCUUGUAGUCACAAUAAGGAACAACGCCUAAUUUCCUGUAACUGUUGAGCAAAUUCAUGUCAAAUGUGAGGUGUAGAUGGACAAGAAUUAUGCUCAAUAAAGCAAAAUAAGUGUCUGAUGAUGGCCUGUAAUGCAGUAAUUUUAGAUUGAACCGCUAGAUUUAUCAUGUGCAAACAAACACAUAAGUGAUCACUGCAACCAAAAA